CUCUGUACCUCAUCCACAGGCUCUCACUCUCUGCGCUACUUCUACACAGGGGUGUCUGAUCCAGGAUCUGGGAUACCAAUACCCCAGUUUAUUGCAGUUCAGUAUUUGGAUGACCAGCUUGUUGCUCAUUAUGACAGUGAAACUCAACAAAAGGAGCCCCGAAAGCAAUGGGUAGAAGAGAACUUCAGGCAAGACCAUUGGAAAAAAUAUACAGAGGUCCUAAAGGGUUGGCAACAGAUAUUCAGAGUGAGCUUGGGAACUCUGCGAGACCGCUACAACCAGAGUGGAGGGGUUCACACCUGGCAGCUCAUGUAUGGCUGUGAUCUCCGGGAUGACGGCACCACUGGGGGUUUUCGCCAGUUUGCGUAUGAUGGGAGAGACUUUGUCAGCUUCGACAAGGACACCCUGACGUACACUGCGACAGAUGCUGGAGCGCAAGUCACCAAGAGGAAAUGGGAGGGUGAUAAAGCCUCCCUUCAGAGAAGAAAGAACUACCUGGAGGAGAUCUGCAUUGACUGGCUGAAAAAAUACGUGGUGUAUGGGAAGGAGGCUCUGGAGAGGAAAGAGACCCCGGAAGUGAAGGUUUUGCGCAAGACAGUCUCCGACGGCCCCACCACGCUCUCCUGCAGGGCCCACGGUUUCUACCCCCGGACCAUCACCGUGAGCUGGAUGAAAAACGGAGAGACCAGAGACCAGGAGACGCGGCAAGGGGGCAUUGUACCCAACGAGGAUGGGACCUACCACACCUGGGCGACCAUAGAGGUAGAUCCCAAGGAGACAGACCUGUACACGUGCCGUGUGGAGCAUGAGAGCCUGCUGGAGCCUGUUGACCGUGCCUGGGAGCCUGGCUCUUCGCUGAUCCCCAUCGUGGUUGGAGUUCUCGCUGCCCUCGCCCUCGUCGUGGGUGUGGUAAUCGGAGUCGUCGUCUGGAGAAAGAAGUCAGGGAAAAAGGGAGCCGGCUACUCGCCUCCAGGAAGUGACCGUGGAUCCGACACCUCUGCACAAGCGUAACGGGGCCUGGGGGAUCCCAGGGCGAAGAAACCAGCACAGAUCGAAGCUCUGCAGUCGCUAAUCAGCCCCUUCCCGUCUCCUCUGUGGGCCCCGAGUGUCUCUGAGCCCCUCCCUGCUGCUGGCUUUGCUAAUUGAUGAAAUGAUUGACACACGGUGUCACUGGAAGGACUGACAGUGAAUCAUAAAGCGGAGGCAUUUUGCUGCCUUUGUGCCCUGCCCCCUCCUGCUCUUGCCCUGUAGACAAUGCGAUAGAAACCUGAACCGUAGCGGCUUGUGUGUGAUGUACAUGGUGGUGGCUGUAAUUUUUUUUUAGAACGUUAAUGUUUAUAAUUAAUCGCUGUCCUGUUCGGAGUCGGUGGGCAAGGCCAGCUCUGGCUUUUUGGCCGCCCCAAGCAAAAAAAAAAAAACCUGCGACGUGGCCAGACCGUGGGUGCAGGGGGACCGGCUGGGGGGGGGAGGAGCGGUGCCUAGAGCCGGCCCUGCUGGUGGGACUGUGACCCUCAUCCUCCUGGCGCAGGAAUCACUUCCUGGCUUGGUUUGUAACUCUCUCCAAUACCCCCUCCUCGUUCCCUGUUUCCCUGUCAGGGGGGCCUCCUGCGGUACCUGCCCCAGGGCUGAGCCAGCACCAGGCCUGGGAGUGAGGAACAGGAGCCGUUUCUGAACACGGCCAGGCCGCCCCUGGCUGGGAUAGCUGGGUUCACCCAGCUCCUGUCUCCCACAGCAGGGCUGGCUCUAGUGUGGUGCCAUCCUCUGGGCCGUCUGAUGGAGCCAGUCAGAUGAGAUCAUUAUGGGCCCCUCUGCCCUUAACAUCUUGAGAUCCACCGUCCAGGCAGGACGUGCAACAAGCCCAUCGUUAAUGGGAUUAAUGGCUAUCAUUUGGGAGGAAGGGAUGUCUGUCAGCUACCCUAGACCCACCUUUACUCUCCACCGUAAUGGGUGGCAGCAUUGAUGGGGUCUCACUUCCCAAAAUCAGAUGCGGGGUCUGGGGAGAGAUUAGCAGCUGGCCAUUAACCUCCAUUCUCUCCCUGUGUGUGUUUUUUUUGCACUGAUUGAAUACAAUAAAGACCUUCUCUUCCA